AUGAGGUGGGAUGGGAUAUCUUCAGCGAUAUUGCUGGGUAUUUUGAUAGCUUCUACUUUUGUCUUGGUGAUUCUGAAUAAUUCCGGUUUGAAUACGGUAGCCAGGCUUACGGUAACUACAUAUUCGACUCAAAAACCUGGGUAUCGUGUAGUUACGGAGUCUACGGUGGAUGACAAUGUGGAAGACAAGAGUGGCCUCAAUGUAAACAAUGGAAUAGAUUCUUACGAUGCGGAUUCAGACAAACAUCAUGAUACGGAUUCUCAAAAAGACCACGGUGCAGAUCCAGAAACUCAUAUUGAGCCAGAUUCACGUAAGUAUAAUGGUCUAAACCUAGCCUCAGAAGUUAAACCUGGGCUUGUUGAUGGGAAAAGUAAUGUUGUUAAUGUUACUCCAAGUAUGAACGUGACAAGUGUUGUGAAUAGCACUGAUUUGACUACACCUUCUGUUGAUCAAGUAGCUAAACAGAAGGCUGAAGAAGAGAGGAAACAUGAAAAUGAGGAGAAGUUGAGUAUUCUGGAUCCUGUAGCUAUGCAGUUUCAUAAUUUAAGCGAAUCGUAAGUUUUUUUAAUGAUGUUAUUUUUGGAUUUUUAGGUAACAACUGUUUGAAUUUUUUCAAUUUUGGGGGUUUACUUUGCUUUAAUGAUGUCAAACACUGGAUUUUUAUCAAAAAUGGUAAACAACAAGUAUAAUGGCUUUUUUUUGCAGUGUAACAUCAAACGAGACCAACAAAGUGCCAAUAAUCGAAGAAGAAGCGACACAAGCCGAAGAGAAGAAGGAUGGUCUAGCUAUCUUCUUCAUCCUAUUCGUUAUUGUAUUGGCAACACUCUUGGUGCAUAUUAUAAUCGUCACAGAGUUUCAUUACAUGCCAGAGAGUCUAGCCAUUGUGUUAUUGGGAGCAGUGAUUGGAUUCUUGUUAUCGUACAGUAAAUGGGAUUGGCGAGAAGUCGAGACUUUCAAUCCGAACUUCUUCUUCUUGGUGUUGUUACCUCCGAUCAUCUUCGAAAGUGGGUACAAUUUAAACAAAGGCAACUUCUUUUCUAAUAUCAUACCGAUAUUGACCUUCGCUAUCAUUGGAACAGCUUUGUCAGCUUUUGUCAUGGGAUUUGGAGUUUGGUUCUUGGGUUAUGUAAGUUUAAGUUUUUUAAUUGUUUAGUCAUUUUAUGUUUAAGUUAACCUUUUUUGACGUUAAUACCUAAAUUAUACGUAACAAAAAUUAUUUUUUUAAUUUUAGGCAGGGAUAAUAUACAAGCUAACAGCAGUCGAAAGCUUUGCCUUUGGGUCAAUGAUAUCAGCCGUGGAUCCAGUGAUUACCCUAGCCAUCUUCCAAGCCCUGAAAGUAGAUGCCCAGCUGUAUAUGUUGGCCUUUGGAGAAUCAAUGUUGAACGAUGCUGUGGCUAUCGUGCUGGCAUCGACAGCUCUGGAGAUGAAUUCACCUCAUGUUAUUGAUUUGUCAUCAGCUGAUAUGGUCAAUUUCGCUUUCACAAGGUUCAUGGCCAUGUUUUUCGUUUCGGCUCUACUUGGCGCUGGCGUUGGGUUCAUAUCGGCUUUGGUAUGUUGGAGGGUUUUUUUUUUGAAAAAUUAAGAGUACAGUUUUAUGGUUACUGCACGUAAUAUUAGCUUAUAUUGUCUGUAACAAUAAUAAAAUGUUGUUUUAGCUUUUCAAACACGUACAUCUUCGUCGAACACCGUCUUUGGAAUUGGCUCUUUUGAUUGUUUUUGCUUACCUACCCUACGGCAUGGCUGAAGCGUUAUCUUUAUCAGGUAAUAAUGUAGUUUUACUCAAUUUUGAUUCAAUAUUUAGGCUUAUAAGCAGUUUUUUGUAUUAUAAUAUUACCAAAACAACUUUUAUUUACCAAGACAACCUUUAUUUACCAAGGCAACAUUUAUCUACUAAAUCAACCGUUUUAGGUAUCAUGGCCAUUUUGUUCUGUGCAAUAACAAUGUCCCAGUACACGCACUUUAACAUCUCACCUAUCACUCAACUUACAAUGCAACAGACCUUCAGAACGUUGUCAUUUGUUGCCGAAACGUCAACUUUUGCCUACUUGGGGUUAGCUUUGUUCACUAUAAAGUUGGUAUUCCAGCCUAUAUUUCUGGUUUGGAGUGUGGUGAGUUUAUUAUCGUUUUUAGGAGCAGUUUUUGAAAGCUACUCUUUUCUCAAAGUAGAGUUCUUUCACAAUUUUAUGAAAUUUUAGGUAACAAUUCAUAUGUUAAAUUAUAAUAUAAAGGACAACUUUCAUCAUUUUAGAUACUAUUGUUUGUCAGCCGAGCCGCUAGCAUCUUUCCAUUGUCGUAUAUUGUCAACCGCUGUAGCAAUCGCCGUAUCUCGAUGAAGAAUCAAAUGAUCAUGUGGUUCAGUGGUAUGCGUGGAGCUGUCGCCUUUGCCCUAGCUCUUCAUAUGCAAAUUGAUGAUCCCGAAACGAAAAGAAUGAUCUUGACAUCAACAUUAUUCAUCGUCCUAUUCACAGUCGUAUUCAUGGGCGGAAGUGCAUUGCCAUUCAUAAAAUUCUUGAACAAAUUUUAUCCAGAAGAAGCGCAGAAGAGUCUGAAGAAGAAGUCGAGGAAGCAGAGGACCGAGAAGCGACAGAAGAAGAUGAACAAAGUCGUGUUAUCCAAGACCAAUGAGAUGGCCAUGAUGGAUCAGUCCGAGUUCACGACAGAAGGCGACGAAUCAGAUGGAUACAGAAGCGACGCGAAUCCAGAGAAUUUCUUCACAAGGCUGAAUGAGAGGCUAGUGAAGCCAUUGUUUGUACGAAGGGUUACCUACCAGGUAAGAAUUAAAGUUGAAGAUUGUUAACAGGACUCUAUAGUUAGAAAGCUAUAAGCUUUUUCUUUUUAGACUCGUACUUGUAUUUUUAGAGACGAAAAUUAUUUAAUAUCAAUAUAUGUGAAUUGUCGUAUUUUACAUAAAUAUUUUUUAGGAACGCCAAGAAAAUCGUGCCAGGUUCCAGCAUUUGGCGUCAGAACUGAUGAAACGGCCAAAUCGACCAUCCCAAACAAGUUCAGAUGAAGAAGAGUAUUAUCUACCCACUAAAUCGUCACGAAGACCUUUGAUACCUAUGUAA